UUCAUAGAUUUUUCAAGUAAUUACUCAAUGUACCUUUAAUGCAAGUGAAAUCAAAACAUUUCUAAUUGUUGAUUGAAUUGAAAUUAAUUUUACAUGUAUUUCACAACAUAUGUACUAGUAUAUAGAUGCUAUCCUUGAAAUUGACAAUUACUCGACAAUUUAAUUAAAUUAUUAAAACAUACAUAAAUCAAUUUAUGAUUGAUGAUACUCAUAUAACUUGUAUGAUCAGAUAGCAGUAUGAUGGAAGUAAACAAGGAAGAACCCAAAAAAUCAGUUGAUGAUAAUACAAAAUAUCAAAGGCAAAAUCCAAAGAGAGACAAAAAUUUGAUGGAUGCUCAAAAUGAAAAAAUAGUAAUAUUCAACAAUGUAGAGAUAGUUAACUAUAUUGAUGUGAUUGCAAAAUUCAGUAGUUCAGUUGAUACAAAUGAAAAUGAAAUUAAAGAAGACAAUGAUGAUGAAGACAUUAACGGUAAUAAUAAAGGUGGGGAUACCAUCAAGCAGGAUAUGAAACCAAGUUAUGAAGAUGGAGCUCUAUCCAUCAAGCGGCCAAAUGUUGAUGAUAGUGUAUUGAAUGAUGAGUAUGAAGCUGAAAAUGAAGACAAACAAUUUUUAGUUAACGGUAAUAUUGUUAAUGAAGAGAACGAAGAGGGACAUGACAGCAAUUAUACUGUAGGUGAUGGUGAUGGCAUUGCCAUUAAAAAGCAUGACAUUUUACCUCUCAAACGAGAUGCAGAAGUUGAUACCACUUUAAAUAAAAAAGACAAAGUUUUGCACUCCAAAAUACAUAAGAUUGAUAAUCAUAACAUCCUAAACAAAAAAGACAAAAAUUUGAAUGUCCUCAGUCAGAUGGUUGUUGAUAGUCCAUGUGCCAUUGCUAAUGAGAAAGGCAAUGUUUUGAGCCUUAAACAGAAUAAAGCUGAAAGUGGUGGCAUUGAUUUAAACAAAAACGACAAAGUGAAUGCCCGCAAAGAGAAUGUAAUUGAAUCUGACAUUAUCAAGAAAAAGCACAAUGAUGGACACAUCAGAGAACAGAGCACCAUUGAUAAAAGACACAAUGUCAAUAGAAAGUCCAAUGAGGGACAGGUGAACAAACAGAGUAUUAAAACAAAUGGUCAUUUGGCCAAUGGAAAUGAGGGAGACCCUGAUGAAGAUGAAGAUCUCUUGAAACAUUGUGACAGAUGUUGGAUACUCUCAGAAAAG